AUGUCUCCACGGCAAGCGGGUACCAUCUGCUUGUGGUUGAUGACUACUCGCACAUCAAAGCAAACUACACCUAAUGGAAAGGGGGUCUUCUCUCUCCCUUUCAUGGUAGGAGGCCAUCGUUGGAGAAUCAGCUACUGUCCUAAUGGCCUCCUCUCAGAGAGUGCCAACUCUGCAUCUCUCUUUCUUUCCCUUCUUGAUGAAAAUGUUACGAAGGCUCUGAAGGUGCAGUACGGAUUUAGUUUCGUCGACGAGGUUGAGAAGCAGGAUUCAGCAUUUUUUCGUGCAUUGAAGCCAAGGAACUUCUCCAGCAGUGUUCGAUUUUGGGGUCACAUGGAUUUCAUGAAAAUAGAAGCUCUUGAGAAAUCAAACCAUCUAAAGGAUGAUUGUUUCACCAUCCGAUGUGACCUCGCUGUUGCCACCACAGUUGAUCUCCUCAUCAAGGUACCGCCUUCUAGCAUACAACGGCAUAUCAGCAACCUCCUCCUGUCCAAGGAAGGCACAGACGUGACAUUCAUUGUGUCCUGUGAGAAGUUUGCUGCCCACAGGUGCGUGCUUGCAGCUCGGUCAGCGGUCUUCAAGGCAGAGCUGUUUGGCUCCAUGAAGGAGGGCACUGUAGCAAGUGUCAUAUAUGUAGAAGACAUGGAAGCAAAGGUGUUUAGCGCCUUGCUUGAAUUUAUUUACACCGACACGCUACCUGAUAUGGAGAUAGACAUGGGGGAGGAGGAAGGGGGAGCCCAAGAAGCAUUGUUUUUGCAGCACUUGCUUGCAGCGGCGGAUAGGUACGAUCUCCAAAGGCUGAAAGCACUAUGCGAAAAAAAGCUAUGCAAACACAUAGGUGUUGGCUCAGUGACGACUAUCCUUGCUCUGGCUGAGCAGCACAGCUGUUCUGGAUUGAAGGAGGUUUGCUUUGAGUUCAUCAAGACUCCUGCUAAUUUGAAAGAGAUAACGGCGGCUGAUGGCCUGGAGGGCAUAACUAGAACAUGUCCCUCUCUUCUAAAGGAGCUCAUUGCUAAGUUUACAUCCUAA